AUGGCAGCCCGCAAGGGCUCGCACGUCGACACCUCCACUCACGCCUCCGCCAGCCACGCCGACGCCGCCCUCCUCCUCAGCCUCAAAGGCUCCCAGGCGCCCGCCUCCUCCUCUUCAAAGAACAAUGCAUCGUUCUCUGUCGCCGCCACUAUCAUCCGCGCGUCGUCUUCCCGCCGGCGGGCACGAGCCUUCGGAAACUCCCACUCAGAAUACGCCGCCGAGGAGGCCUACCGCCGCCGGCAUUCCCACUCACGCUCGCCGUCCCCGCCCACGCACGUCAAGUUCGAGUUCGAGCUGAACCCGCCGGACGAGCCGGAGCACCCGCUCGAGAGGGCCGCGCGCAUCCGCACCCGCUCCAAGCGCGUCCCGCGCAAGAGCGCAAAGGGAUCCAUCACACUUCCCCGCGUGCUCAACCGUCCGGCCUACUGCGCGGUCCCCGCGUCGCGGUUCAAACCUAUCGACCCGAAGCUUGCGGAGAUACCCGUCGAGUACGUACAGGAUUCGCUUGCCGAGCUCGGGCCUGGCAUGCUCAACAUACUCGCGUCAGUCGAGUUUGAAUCGAUUUGCGACACCGGCGAGGGCAUCCCCGAGGAGGUCUCGCUGUCCGUGAGCGAUGACUCUUCCGAUGCGCCGACGCACGUCUUUGCGAUACAUGACCGCCAGCCGGACCGCCUCCGGAAACACAUCGUGCUCUACCCCGCACACCACCUCGUCUGGGCCGCGAACUGCGCCAAACUGCCCGAGUUUGCACCCUCGCAUCCCGGGCGGCCCGCGCCCGGCGAGCCAUACACCGUCCCCGUCGUCCCGCUGUGCAUCCCGCACUCCGCCACCUUUGCCGACCUCGCGGCGUACAUCUACUCGAAACGCGCUGACAACCUCUUGUCUGCGCUACUUCCUGACAAUGCGUUUGCGAGGCUGGCGGAUCCGAGGAGGAAUGCGCACCUCGUGUAUGCGGAGAGUUUGGCGAUGAAGUAUAGUGCGAAGGAGCUGUUGACGAGAUAUGUUACGCGGGUGCAGGGUUUGUGGAGGAAUGUGUGUGCGCUGGGACUCUAUGACCAGGGGAUCUGGUUUAUAAUUGAUCUGGUCUGGGAGGUGCUGCUGAAUGCGGUUGCGAUCAGUACUGGCUCGAAGGUGCUUCCUGGGAGGGAUGUUGACUUUUGA